UACGUCCUUCAUUGCAAAUGGUACGUUCUUGGGAACCCGGAAAAGGGAGGGGUAGCACAGUUGGGCCUCUUGCUUUCGCUCUCGUCAGUCUGCCGAGGCUGCUGCAGCACCUGGUCACCGAGGGACGACAAAUAGUCGUACAAGUGGCGGAAUGUCCGGCGCUCGAGGGGGGCCGAGAAUUGGCCGAGACGGCAGAGAAAAAUUGAAACCCCGCAGAGCAGCUGAAAGGAUGAACCUCAACCCCUCUCGUCCCGGCUGCAGCCGAGUCGACGUCCAGGAGCAGGACAUCCUAGGCGCAGUCUUUCAAAGGCCGCACAGGCAUCCGGGAGAGAUCCCGCGCCCACCCUGCGUGUGUUGUUUCCUGCCAUUCAGGGGUAUAUGCUGCGGCUGCGGCUUCGGCCAAGGCGACGAAGACGAGGAGGAAGAGGCGUCGUUCAGGUGGCACACGAAGCGCCGCCGCCUUAUCGAAACCAUCUCCAACCGUGAGAUCUACCGCACAGACCACACAACAUGCAUUGUCGUGCCCUUGAACUGCUCCCUGCCUGGAUGUCUGACAGAACACCAUGUGAUAGCGAUGAUGGACCGGACUCUACGUUGUGUAAGUCGAUGAAGAAAAAAGUCAAGAUGUGCGCACACGUGUGUGUGUGUGUGAGCAGUACGGUGCCAAGAUUGAGAGGCUGCGUAAUGCGUUGGCCAAGUCAGCCGAGGAGCACAGCACCGCGAUGGGCCAGGUGAGCUGGAAUGGUGCAGGGAGGGAGGGGUCAGUGAGGGAAUGGGCAGUGGGUGCACUGCACUGCACUGAUUGGUCUGGAGAGAGAGAGAUGGAUGGAUGCACUGAUUGUCGACGGCAUUUCAUGCCUGCGUCUGUGUGUGUGUGUUGGCUAAGGUGCAGUCUACGGUCGAGGAGGUUAGACGGGACAAGGACCGUCAGCUGGAGCAACGCAAAUCGGACAUCGACCAAGUGGGUGGAUCAUGAGACGAGCGAGGCGGGCGCACACACCCAUACACUCACAGACAUACAUCCACACACACACAAAUCCCUCUGUCCCUCCCUCCCUCCCUCCCUCCCCCCCUCCCUCUCUCUCUCUUUGUGUCUGUCGGUCGGUCGGUCGGUCGGUCUGUGUGCGUGUCGUCAGGUUGAAGGUCUCUUGACGACGACCCGUGAGCAGCUUCGACAGGCCGAGGACGACAAGAAACGGUCAGUCAGGGAAACGCCAACACACAGACACGCACGCACGCACGCAGCACACCAAGCCACCUGUGUGUGUGUGUGUGUGAGCAGUACUCUGCUGAGAUUGAGAGGCUGCGUAGUGAGUUGAGCAAGUCGACGGAGGAGCACGGUAGCGAAGUCGCCAAGGUGAGUUGGAAUGGUGCAGGGAGGGAGGGAGGGAGGGAGGGAGAAAGGUACAUAAUGAAUGAAUGGGCGGUGUUGUGGGUGCACUGAUUGAUGACGUCUGUGAGUGUCUGUGUCUGUGUGUGUGUUGGUUCAUUCAGCUAAAGUCAAGUCUGGAGCAGUUACGAAGUCUCAAGGACGGCCAGGUGGACAAGCGCCAAGCCCAGAUCGACGAGGUGGGUUUAUCUGGACAUAUCAUGAGACGAGCCAGGCGCAUUGCACACACCAACAAACUGACAGACAGACAGACACCCACGUGCUGCGUGUGUGCCUGUAUGUACUGUAUAUGUGUGUGUGUGAGCAGCUUCAGAUCCAGAUCGCCAUGUGGCGCGAGAAAAGGCGUCGGAAGUGGCACAGGUGAGUGAGUUGUCCUGGUUGGUCAGCGAGGCCAUCACACACACACACACGCACAUCUCUCCCUCCCUCUGUCUUUGUGUCUGUCGGUCGGUCAGGUUGAAGGUGUUCUGCAGACGACCCAGGAUCGACUUCGGCAGGCCGAGGCGACCAACGGAGAGGUCAGAGAAACACCCCCACACAAACACAGACACGUACGCAUGCAGCGCACCAAACCAUGUGUGUGUGUGUGUAUAUGUGUGUGUGUGUGAGCAGCACUCUGCUCAGGUGGAGAGACUGCGGGCCGAGUUGGGCAAGUCGGCCGAGGAUCACGGUAGCGAAGUCGCCAAGGUGAGUUGGAAUGGUGCAGGGAGGGAGGGAGGGAUGUGGUGAAUGGAUGGGCGGUGGGUGCACUGAUUGAUGACGUCUGUGAGUGUCUCUGUCUGUGUGUGUGUUGGUUCAGCUACAGUCGAGUCUCGAGGAUUCCGACGUGACAAGGACCGUCAGCAGGACCAACGCCAAGCCAACAUUGACCAGGUGAGUGGAUCAUGAGACGAGCGAGGCGGGCACACACACCCACAAACUAACAGACAUACAUCCACACACACACAAAUCCCUCUCUCCCUGCCGCUUUUGUCUCUGUCUGUGCCUCGGUCAGGCUGAGGGCCUUUUGCAGACGACUUGCCAAAAGAGGACACUCUCAAAAAUCGCUGCUUACAUUUUAUAUGGAACGAGCCGUGUCUCUUACCAUCUGUGUGUGUGUGGUUUGUGAGCAGUACUCGGCUGAGAAUGGGCGCCUCCGCAACGAGUUGACGAGGAUGAGCCAGGAGUACAGGACGGAGUUGAGCAAGGUGAGUUGGAAUGGUGCAGGGAGGGGGUCACUGAGGGAAUUGGGACGGUGGGUGUGUGGGCCGGUGGGUGGGACGGUGGGUGCACUGCUUGCUCUGGAGAGACAUGGAUGGCUGGAUGGAUUCUGUGUGUCUGUGUCUGUGUGUGUGUUGGUUCAGCUCAAGUCGGGUUUGGAGGCCGUCGAGAGUGACAAAGACCGCCAGCUGGACGAGCGCCAAGCGAACCUCGACCAAGUGGGUGGAUCAUGAGACGAGCGAGGCGGGCGCACACACAAACUAACAGACAUACAUCCACACACAAAUCCGUCCCUCUGUCUCUAUCCAACACACACACACGUACACACCACGGCAACUCUGUGUCUGUGUGUGCUUCAGAGGCGCCGCCCACAGAUUCGCCCUGCUUUCGAGCGCUAUAGCCCGCCGCGCCACACAGAGGUCUCCAUGCCCUCCAGACACACACGCCGUGCCCCGCAGACACACACGUCUGCCCCCUCCUCGAGACCAGGAAUCCAGGUAUGCAUUGGGCACACACACAGCUGGCGAAAAAUGAAUUGUGUGUGUCUGCAUGGCAGACCAUGUUGGGGGAGAUACGGCCUGAGUUGCGCUUUAGGGAGAACGGCGGGCGCAAUAUGCCAAUCAGGGUAAUUGAGACCAGAAGCACUCACUGUCUGAUAGACGUUUGUUGAUUCGUUGGUUGUUCCUCUUAUCAGGGGUGAUCAUGAUGGGACGGUGAUGACGGUGCGUGUGUGUGUGCAGCUGCAAUUGCUGCAGCUGUGAUGACUGACUGCUUUGCUUUUCGGACAUACAUGUGGGUAGGAUGCAUGUGUCAUGCGCCCAACACACUUGCAAGUAAGUGUGUGUGUACUGUGUGCUGGGGGGCCGAGAAAGGGAGAGGACUGACCGAGAGAGGAGAGACAGCAAAGAGGCAGACACACAAUGCGUGGGCUUCGCUUUCAUCUGUAUGUAGAAUGGCUGCCUACAUUUUACAUCUGAAUGAGCCGUGUCUCUCUGUUGCGCGUGUUCGUGUUGAUGCUGACGGUGUGUGUAGGUGUGUAUGCCCUGUGCAGCUGUGAUGACUGACUGACUGACGUGCUUUGCUUCCCGG